GCUGAAAAAAUGCCGAAAUCAUCAUGUUCAGCAUCGUUUUGCAAAAAUAAUCGUUAUAAUGUAAAAAAAAGGAAACUAGAUGUACUGUUUCAUACGUUUCCCUUCGAUAGUGUAUUGAACUACAAAUGGAUUCAAUUCUGCAGACAACAUAAAAAUUGGCGACCAGCUAAAGAUGAUGUUAUUUGUUCUGCCCAUUUCAAGACAGACGAUUAUCAACUAAUGAGAUCCCCUUUGGAAAAAAACAAUUAUUAUUUCAGAAGAUUAUUUUCAAGUGCUAUUCCCUCGAUAGAAUGCAGCAAGCCAUUAACAAUUUCAGAGAAAAAACUAAGAGAUGAAGAACUAAGAAAGCAGCUUUCUGAACAAUUGUAUUCAAAAGAUUCAGACGAGCUUACAAUAAACGACCAUACAUAUAGCGAAGCGAAAUCAGAUGCCGAACCCAUGUAUAAGCUUGUAGGAUCAAAUACAAGCAUUUAUCGUUUAAAAAACUUUCCUGAUGUUUGUGCACACUGCUUAAAACCAGUAAAUGACGAAAAUCUUUUUACAUCGGUAUAUCAGUAUCAUGACAAAUUGGAAUGUACAAUCGAACAGAAAUGUGACAAACUUACAGGGGAUUUAAUGGGACAGAAGGAUCGUGAUAAUAUUCAUAACCAUUUACCAGACAAAGUAUGCGCAGAGUGUUUGGAGUCGCUAAUUACUUUUCAUCAGUAUCAGCGGCAGCUGGAAUGUAUUAGAAAGUUUUGUAUUGCGAUCGCAAAGUUGUUAAAUGGAAACCAAGAAGCACUGGAUGAUCUCUACCGCAAACAGGGAGUGUAUCUGGUGAAUCGCCUAAAGCGGCUGGAAAUAUAUCAUGGCUCGGAGGAGAACGCUUCAUUGGGUAAGUUGAUAGAACAAGUAGCUUUGCAUCGACAACCCAGCACAUGCAUCAAAAGUGAAGAGAAGUCUCUUUGCCUUGGGAAAUAUGCCAACGAAAACAUGCUUGCGAUGGAUAACUCCGAUGAAAACUUUAAAUGUGAAAAAAACGACAUAUGUUGGAAUACCGAAAGGGAAACAAGCGUACUUCAUUCAGACGCAAUGUACAAGGAGAAAAAGAAAAUCAUUGCAAAAAGAAAGGUCGAAAAGAAAUGCACUAAACUACCAAAUCAAAACAUCAAGAGCGAUGACGAAAAUAUAAAAAAUGGGCUAGCUUGCCCGUAUGAAGAUAUUUGCACAGCAAUUUUCUACCACGAAGCCGAUAAGCAGAAGCAUGUGAAACAUGAUCACACUUCGUUCGAAUGUCAUACAUGUGGGAAUGUGCUUGCGUUUUACAGUUUGUAUCAAAAACACAUGGAAAGUCACGCCAUUGCACGUGCUCUGCUCUUGUCUUACAAUAAGAGAAAGAACAUGGCGAAUACAAGUGGUUACAACCAGAAUGAGAAUGUUGACGAGGAGCAUCUAAGGGAAACAAUGGUUUUGGAUCCUAAACAACGGAGGAUUACUAAACACAAAUAAGUGUGUGGAACUUGUUUUAGUGUGUACUUCAAUGAACAGGACUUCAAAUCGCAUAAAUUCAAAACGUAGGAUGUCAUGUCACACAUUUAAUCUCAAAUAGUUCAAGCAAGGAUUGAAUGUAUCAUUCUAUGAGUAAAACAUGGCGAGGGUCAUAGAUGAAUAAAUGAAUUCGAAUUGGCAAUAAUAACUGCUAAUGUUAGGCUAUCACUUUUUUGCCGUUAUAAAAAUGUGUGGUGCAAAUAAUUGUUGUU